CGGGGUUUCACCUCCAUCUCACAAUCAACGUCUCAAAAACGAAGGGUCCAUUUCGGCCACUGAGGGUUUCCGGAUCGUUUUGGUGAAUCCAUCCUUGGAACUUUUGAUCGUUGUUGAUGGUCCGAUGCGGGAAACAGUUGACGUAGAGGUUUUAAACAAGAGAAGGAGAGAAGGAAAGAUCAACCAAACGCAGUGUGUUUCUUCCAGUCACCUUUUCCCAAAGUCGGUUCUCUUCUUCGAAAGGGGGCAGACAAAGCCAGGCAUCCGUUCUUGGCGCCGUCACCGAAAAGCAUCACUCUGAAAGGACACUGCCUGUUUGUGUUCGAAAAAGCUCCCAUUAUAUAGAUCCAAAGGAUCAGAGCCCAGGCGCCUCGGAACGGUGAUGACUGCGACACCCGCGAUGACUUCGCGUUUGCUUUGCACGGCAUCCGCUUUGGUCGAAGAAGACGGAUCCUCAUAUGGUCGUGAAGAUGCCCGCAAGCUGUGCGGCAAGCAGCUCAGCCCUUAACAUAUGCGGCCGUUUGCACAGAUGUCAAAGCAGAAGAUUUGGCGGCAGCCUGAUAGAGUGGGCCAGCUGUGUCGAGCCCUUGCAACAUGGCAAUGUCCAGGUCCAUCCAGUUGCCUUCUUGGAGCAAAGUCAAGGUCUGACAGGCCCCAUAGAGAUGGUCAUGGCGCAGACUUCACCUUGGCAACUCCGAGGUGAUGCUAGUGAGCUGCGGGCCCGCCUGGCAAGGGUGGAGUCGCAGCAGCAGAAAGAGGUCCAAGAUCUCAAAUUGAAACUCACCAGCAGCGAAGCUCUCCGUGAGCGCGCGCAGGCUGAGUUGCAGAGGGAGGUGGCCUUGCGCCAGGCGGCAGAGCAGGCGCGGCAACAGCUCACGCGCAAAGAAGGGAAGGACCGUGAGGGUUUGGAGCUGGAGCUCCAAGAGCUGCGAAGAGACCUAGCUAAGGCUCAUGCGGAUAUGCAAGUGCGUCUUCGAGAGCAGGAGGCUGAGUUUCAGAAGCAAUGCCUGGAACUUCGUGCCGCGCGUUUCGAGGAGGAGCAGCGCGCUCUUCGGGAAGCGCACCUCUUGGACACUGCGGCCAGGUCGCCAGCGCCGAAGACCGGUGAAGGACCCUGGAAGAGCGUUGAGACUUCGCGUAUCGAAGGCCUGGAGGAGCUCUCCACGCUCUCCGAAGGAGCAUUGGAGGCGGUCAACAAGAUGAAACUCCUGGAGGAGCAACUACGGUCCUGGCAAGGGGAGGCUUCCACGUCACCCAAGUCCGUCAUCGACCUCCCACCCACACCGCAGUUGCAGCAGGUGUCCACCCGCCAUCGGGAGGCGGAGCUUCUGCACGAGAUGCAACAGGAACACCUCCUGACCAUCCGGCUGAAGCGACAAGCCCUCCAAGCGAGGAACGCCUCUUUGGCUCGAUCUGCUUCACUGCCCUGUUCCAUCUUGGACUUGACGAUCCCAUCGCUACUGGGGCACUCUCCGGUCAGACAGGCACAGGUGCCUCUCACCGAGCCGUCCUUGCGUCCGCCUGAGCGGCCCAAAGGGCUGGAAGCCUCGCCCAACAGCGCAGGCGCGGUGCUGGGCAGCAGCAGGUCCUUGAACGCCGUCUCGGCCGAAGGCUCUCCGCAGCGGGAACUCUUGACCGCCACGACUGCGCUCAGGGACGAGGCCAAGGCAUCGCCCUGCAGUUGCCAGGUCCUCUCGCCGGCCUUGUCUUUAGAGGCCGACGGACUGACGUACCCGGAGCCAGUCGGAGCCGGGCCGACGGAUUCGCCGCAGGUCUCUGACCGCGCCAGGCCCGGAUCGCCCAGCCAAGCUGCUGGCCGCCUACCUCCUCUCACAGGGACCACUGCGGCCACGGCUCCCAGAGGUCCCAUGGAGAAGGUGAAUGGCCCGAACGCCUCAAGCAGCCCAAGCCGCCGUCCUGAGGUGGAAACCCCGAAGGCCUCCAAGACGGAGGUGGAUGUGAAGGACAGCUUGGAAACCAGGCUUCGGGAAGUGGAGAUGGACCGUGAAAACUGGCGCCGGCGCACGGUGCUUUUAGAGGAGCAGCUACAGCGACUGGCGCAGCCGCCACCGAGUCGUCGGUCGCCCUCGAGAGAGGCUCACGAGGUGCGAUGGCGGCCUGCGGAGCUGGAACUGGAGGACGAGAAGCACGAGAAGCAGGAAGCUUGGGCACAAAAGCAGCGAAUGCUGGAGGCCCAACUGGCUCAGACGGUGGCGGAGCGCGAUCGGAUGAUCGAGGCCACCAACGAGCUGCGGGCGGAUGUGAGGCGCCUGACGGCGAAGGCGGUGCCUUCACCCGCUGGACCGGUGCUGCCUGUGACGCUGGCCUCGCCGGAGACGGGCGCAGGGCUUCGCCAGGCCCUUCAGCUGGAAGGUGAUCGCUUUGGAGCCAUGAGCGGCUCCUCGCCUGGACAAAGCAGAGGCCAGUCACCGCCGUUCCCGCCACACCGGGUCACUCUGAGCCUCCCAAUCCCUGGGGUAGGCGAAGGGUGGCAUCGGCAAGAGCUGGAGGUCGGCAGCCUCGGCAGCGCGCGCAGUGCGUCCUCCCGCGCCUCGCCGGUGCCACCGAGCACAGGCUAUUGGCCGCCGCCGCCGGUGAAUCCGCCUCCCCCGCCGCAGAUCGCCACCUUCCGCACGCCGAGCCCUCCAAUGGCCCCGCCAUUGGAAACGCCCACAGGCGACUCUUCCCCAGCUGCCUUGCGGGUGCGUGAUGCCUUGCGGAUGCUGAGCCCCAGGCGCGUAAAAUCGUCGAGCCCCUUGCCAAGGCCGGGCCGGGGCGCCGCGUGACGGAACAUCGGAAUCUCGACCCUCCGGGUCUCGAGAUGCUGGAGAGGUGCCAAAUGAAGCUGGGAAUUCGAGACUGAGAGAGCCUUUCCCAGUUGCAGGUGGCUUUUGGGACGAUGGGACGACCCCAUCAUCCCUUUUGGGCGACAUCUCGCGAACUGGGAAGGCUUGCUCCUAGCACGGUCUUUGCACGGCAGCGCGCCACCGCGCAAGCGCGAAAGCGGCCCUGGCCUUUUUCGGGGGCGGAGCUUCUCCACCCGACGACGGGCCGAUUCACGUGAAUCGGGCCUCGGCGAUGCUGCACCAACACGGUCUC